UAUGUUAAGUGGACACUUCAUACUAUCUUCUUUUCCCCUUUUUUCCCACCUCCACUGUCCUUUUUUAGACACCCCCAUACCCUCUUCACACUCAAAUCCCCUGAAAAUUUAAAACAAAAAUCCAAAUUCCUCAAAACCCCAUUUCUCUUUGCAACUUCCCCAAGUUUUUCCAACUUUUUUGUUGUUAAUUAUGGACACCAAAAACGAGUUUUCACUCAGGCUGCAACUCGGCGGUCGAAGCCGUGGCGGUGGCGGUGGCUGUGGCGUUUGCUGCGGCGGCCGUGAUGUUAAUGUUGUGAGAGUGAAAGAAGAAGAAGAAGGAUGUGAAGAUGAAGAAGUUAUGGAGGUGCCAAAACCAAUGAUGAGUUUACAUGAAAUUGGACCACCCCCUUUUCUGAAUAAGACUUUUGAGAUGGUUGAUGACCCGGAAAUUGACCCGAUUAUUUCAUGGGGUGAAACUUUUACAACUUUUAUUAUUUGGGAUGAAACUAAAUUUACAACUCAUUUGCUUCCCAAGAAUUUUAAACACUCUAAUUUCUCCAGCUUUGUUCGUCAACUUAACACCUAUGGAUUCAGAAAAGUGACAACAUCAGAACAAUCAACACUCCAUCCUGAUAGAUGUGAGUAUGAACAUCCAGGAUUUCAAAAGGGCAAGAAGUAUUUGCUAAAAACCAUCAAACGACGAGUCCAUGAUCACAGUACAAUUAGCAACGAUGCUAGAUUAUUGCUGCACAAAAAAGAGGCUGAAAUACAGAAUCUUAAGAAAGAACAGGAGAUCCUGAAAGCUGAGAUAUCUGAUCUGAAACAACAGCAACACAACUCGGAUACGUGUUUGUCUGCGAUGGUAGACCGUGUGAAGUCUGUAGAAUGGAAGCAAAGGGAGUUUCUUAUGCUACUUGCCAAUGCAAUGAAAAGGACUAACUCAUUUCAGCAGAUGCUACAAACUUACAGGCAGAAGAAAGUUCUGGUUGGUGGUGGUUGUGGUGGUGGUAGUGGUGGUGGUGGUGAAGUAUUUAAGAAACGUCGUUUGGCCUCGAGUGGAAGUUUUGUGGACUCUUUUCUAGCAAAGGGUAUCACCCAAAAUGCUGAUAAUUCUGAUCAAUGCUAUAAGCCAGAUAUGUCUGCUACUGUUAGGGGUGAGCAUGGGCCUGACAACCGAACCGGUAGCGUUAUCGGAUCAGAUAUGUCUGCUGCUACUGCUGCUGCUGCUCAUCAGUCUGAAGCAAACUUGUUUUUUGACCAGAAAUCAAACUUGACAUCAGAGACUAACAGCAGUCCAGACUUUUCUUCUGGCAGCUGCGCGAUAUUGGAGAAGCUAAUGGCUGAUGUGAUAUCUGAGGAUAAUAGCAAAGAGGAAGAAUUAUUACAAGAUAUUGAACAGACUUUGUAUGUUCAUGAGCUCGAAGAUCUGCUCGCGAAGCCACCCACCUUGAUUGUCCAAUAGGACACUUUGGAGGAAAACAGAUCGAUUUCGGAUGAUUGGAGCCUUUGGAGGAAAGUUGAAGAUUCAGUAGGUUAUGAAGGAAUCUUCUCUAGUUAUUUUUUUUCUCACUAAUUUCAGGCUGAUCUUACUAACAAUAUAGGGAUUUGUUUGUUUAAGUUAGCCAUAGUAUAUUAGGGAGGAAAUGGUGAUGAUAGUGGUCUCAUCCCUUUGUAUAUGCAUGACUGUUUGCUGGGUUGUACAUGAACUCACAUGUUUGACAAUUUAUCUAGUUUCUACUUUCUUGUCUGA